AUGGAUGCCUCCUGCACAGGUAUAACACUGGGCCAAAAAGAAGGGGAGGAAGUGUGUAGUGGUUCCAGCUUGCCAGAUUCUACCACGACAGACAAGUACCAGGGUGUUAUCCCUGGAAAUCUCAAUGCAAGGCAGGCAUGCCGUCACCCCUUGGAUAGAGCCCUUCAUGUGCCAAGAUGGACAUCAGCCUCCAACGUAAGUGACAGUCUCCCAGUCACUUUCUUCCUGACUGGGAUCCCAGGGCUGGAGUUUGCCCACCCCUGGAUUGCCAUCCCUUUCUGUGUCAUGUAUCUGGUAGCACUGCUUGGUAAUGCUGCCCUCAUCCUUGUUAUUGGGACAGAGAGUGCGCUUCAUGCACCCAUGUACCUCUUCCUCUGCCUUCUCUCACUCACUGACCUGGCUCUCAGCUCUACCACUGUACCUAAAAUGCUAGCCAUUCUGUGGCUGCAUGCCAAUGAGAUUUCCUUUGGCGGAUGCCUAGCCCAGAUGUUUUGUGUCCAUGCCAUCUAUGCUCUAGAGUCCUCAGUUCUCCUUGCCAUGUCCUUUGAUCGAUAUGUGGCUAUCUGCAACCCACUAAGAUAUACAACCAUUCUCAAUCAUACUGUCAUAGGCCAAAUUGUCUUUGCUGGGAUAGUCCGCAGUGUAGUUAUUGUGUCCCCCUUCAUCUUUUUGCUGAAGCGACUGCCCUACUGUGGUCACCAUGUCAUGGCUCACACAUACUGUGAACAUAUGGGUGUUGCUAGGCUUGCCUGUGCCAACAUCACUGUCAACAUUGUCUACGGGCUGACUGUGGCUCUGCUGGCCAUGGGCCUGGACUCAGUUCUCAUUGCUGUCUCCUAUGGCUUCAUCCUCCGGGCUGUCUUUCGUCUUCCAUCCCGUGAUGCUCAACGCAAGGCUCUGAGUACCUGUGGCUCUCACUUUGGUGUCAUUCUGGUUUUCUAUAUACCUGCCUUCUUCUCCUUCCUCACCCACCGCUUUGGUCACAACCGAGUUCCCAAGCAUGUACACAUCUUCCUGGCUAACCUGUAUGUGCUGGUGCCUCCUGUGCUCAAUCCCAUUAUCUACGGAGCAAGAACCAAGGAGAUUCAGAGUCGAUUUGUAAGACUGCUUCGCUUAGGAAUGGACUUGGUAUGA